CUUGCCCUUGCUGUCAAGGCAACGAGCGCUAACAGUCGGGACCACCUACACCUUAGUCAGGACCGUUAUCGGCGGAGUGAGUGAUCGACGCGAUAUGCUCAUUAUUGUGUAAUGCCUGAUCGUGCAUGCACCAGCGAGGCCCGUUGUGUGGACGAUUGCGCAAUGCUGAUGUUAUCGUUGCGUGGUGGAAAGGACAACACCGGGAGCUGAUCGACGCUAAUCCUCGCAGCUGCUGCAGCGCCAAAUUUCGACUUCUCGAAUCACGUGGUUGACAGCUGUCAUGGCAGAGGGGGCUAAGCCACGCCCCUACGUGUCUUGCAUCAAGAGCUUUGGCAGGCCUAUUUUGCCCCCCCUGAUGACGGAUGAAAAGCGGCUGCUGAUGAGACAUUUCCAGGCAGUCGCCUGUCAACGAGAGGCAGCACAUGCACAGCGUAAGAAGGAAGUGUUUUUUCGUGCCACGGAUGAUCUCAGUUCAAGUGAGAGCCUGGGUGCGAUGCACUCUGCGCCAUCAUCCUUGGCUACGAGUGACGGUACAUCUCCAAUGUUGUCACCUAUCGUCGUUGUCACAAGGCUAGAAGAAAGAGAUGAGCAGUGGGCAGUGUCGGACACCCCCGAGACUGGUUCGUCAGCUACCCUGGUGCCCAGCAGCAGCUCAGACUCUGAGACUAGUGGUACCAGCAUCGUGGACGCCGUGGGUAGCCAGCAUGACAAUGUGGCAGGUUAUCUAAAAGACACGAACAAGUCAUUCAUGGAAAAAGAUACAGUGCCAGCCAUUCAGGAAGCAGGUGCAGAGGUGCGUGAAACAUCGACAGAGACAACACUGGCAACGCCUCUGACACCUACACUUAGGCAGGAUGUGCAGUCAGCUCCUACAACACCCUCAGUGAGACGAACGGCACCACCAGCAACAAAGCGAGUGACCCCGGCUACAACACCUGAGGAACCAGCGAAUAGUGUGCCAGCGACAAUGCUGGUGACAUCACCCACAACACCGACAGUGAUGAUGGUAACAUCGCCUAAAACACCAGUGACGAUGGAAGCGAUGGGAACAUCGGUCAUGAUUCCGGCAACAAUGCCUGUGACGAGCACAGUGAUAACACAGGAGACAUCAAGCACAGCAGUUACAACGAUGCCAAUGUCACCUGAAACACCAGUGAUGGUAACAACGACACCAAUGUCACUUGAAACACCAGUGAUGGUAACGAUGCCAAUGUCACUCGAAACACGAGAGACGGUAACGACGAUGCCAAUGUUGCCUGAAACACCAGCGAUGGUGUCUGGGACGACACAGGUAACGCCAGCUAAGCCAACGACUAUGGUGACUGCAUCACUCUCACUGCCAGGCAGAGACGUGUGCUUCCCAACGAAAGUGUCGGUGCCGUCCCUGUGCCGAUCGCGAUCAUUUGUUGUCCACAGUCCGUCCCUGGCCCAGCUGGUUCUGAAAGGACUUCACCAAGACGGUAGUGACUGCUUGAAUGGAGCAGCUGUCAAGAUUGUUCAACCCUGCAACUCCCAUGCUAAGGCAGGAGCGCAUUUGAUCCCUGGCAGCAGCGAGCAAUACGCAUGUGCCAGAAGGGCAGAAGAACGAAUCUGCAAAACAAAAGUGCUCAAAAUGUCAAAAACUUUUGUCAAAGCUGAUAGUGAUAUGGACGAUCUUAGCCUUAGCCCACGACUGACAGGUGACAGUGCUGACGAAAGUAGUCACCGAAUUGGUGAUGUUCAACUACAAAGUUACUCUGUGCCUGUGCAUUCAGGAAAGGAACAGGAAGCCGUGCCUUCUUGCAGAAGUUUCAACUUUUAUGCACUGGAAGGUAACAGUGAAUGCCCAAAAGGAUCUCCUCUAUUUGCUGAGCCAACAGUGCCUGAGUUGUGUUUUGGAGUUCAACAAGCGUCGACCUUACCAGGUAAAUGGGACUGUGUUGAUGGACGCUUAAUUUCUCGUGCCUUCAGUGACACUCCAAAAAGUUUCAUCAGGGUUAAUUAUCUUGCCACCCAAAAGACCGGGGACAACAGUUGUGACGUCUCUUUUGACAACUCUUCCAAAGUGACUGGGCGCAUUGUGCCUUGGACUUCCUCUGCAGUUGAUGUGGUAGCUGUGACCAAAGAACAUGUUAAAGAUGACAUUGCUGACAACACUUUGCACAGCAUCUUGAAUGUACCCGACGACGAUUCUGUGGAAGAGACUGUAGUGGAUAACAUGCUCAUCAAUGCCCUUGAUCACGGUUGUACUGAAUUUUCAUCUUCCUUGUUGCCCAACUUUUUUACCAGAGACAGUGCUGCGACUGCUGGCACCUUGCCAAUGGCUGUUGUUGGUGACUGGGAUCGAGGCUGUUGCAAUGCUAUUGUUAAAGACUGGGAUCGAGAUGGCAUUAAUUUUGGGCCAUUGUCAAACAGUUCCAGCAGAAUUUGUUCCUCUGAAAACAGUAUUGACUCAUUAUCUUGGGCAGAGCAGAGUGAUGCGGCCCCUAGUCUGAACUCAUCAGGUGAUGUUGAAGAGCGGGAAGAACAGUACAAAGCUGCAGAUGAACAGUGUGGGGACCAAGCGAAUUAUUUCGCCGAGCUGGCUGGCUCUGUAGAAAACAGUGGACGUUCAUUGGAUGAGUCUUCUGCAAGUUCUGGCAGUGAGCAGCUAAAAUCUAUCAAUCAGCCCAUGUCGGCAGUUGACAUGCUCUCAGCUCACGAGCUCAAGUUACACGCCCUCUGCCGUACAAUCGCGCAGGACUACGCCAAGGUUGACUGGAGUACUAACACAGCAUUGCACAAGGAAGCUGUUUCCGUGCUAAUGGAAGAGGGGGAGAGGUUUGGUUCAGAUGACAAUAUGCCCCUGGAAGUGCAGACGGCAAAGUCAACAUCGCCUGCCUGUGUGGAAAGCCUUUGUGGUCACGUGAGCCCACCAGCUGAGCAUUCCAUUUUACAUUGCUCAGAUGCUGACCACUCUCGUGUAGACUCGUCAAUGGCCAGCGUGUCUAUUCAUCUGGACUUGCUGUCAGAAACACGACAAUCUCUCCACCCCAGGUGGCGCAGAUGCUUUGACCGACUGACAGCCAUGGCUAGGGGCCACCUGAUUCGGAGGCUGAUGAAGACACACCGCGUGCAGUCCAUCAUCCAGACCAUCAAGGAUACGUUGGAGUGUGCAUUGCGUCUACAUGUAGAGCCACACAUCUGCAAAGGACUGGUGACUCAGCAGGACGUUGAGCUGCACCAGAGGCUCAUCACACAGCUUACAUCAGCAUGCCACGAGCUCCAUGAUGUCUUCUUCAGCAUUCCUCUGUCUGAGAGAAUGCAGCUGAUCUCCCAGAUGCGAUCGCGGCAUCAUCCUGUCAGAACUGCCAAGGGUUGCACGGCACCAAAAAAGAUCUCCCUGGCCACGCAGAAGGUUCUGGAGAGGCGUUUCUCCAAGCUGACUGAAAGAGGCCAAAGCCUGGAAGUUGAGGUGAAAAAGCCUACUGCAGUAGUCCGUUCACAGACCUUUGUGGCUCCUGCCUCUGCAGACACCUGCCAUACAGCUGGAGCAGCAGCAUCCUCAGGGACGACCCGGAAGAUAUGUCGCCUACCAAUGUACAAAGUGUGAUAUCAAGCAAACUCCUUCAUUGCCUGCAGCCAAAUUUUUUCAGCUGCUGUGAUAUUUUCUCUGUGCGAUGCCUUGCCUGUUGUGCCUUUCAGUUAUUGUUUAUGACCUACAGUUUGCAACCAGGCUGUGAAGCUUAAUAUGGUAGGAAACAAUGCUUGCAUGACAGACCGCUUUACAUGCGACCGAUUUUUUAGUUUGACUAUGCUCUUAAUUUUGGCUGUCCUGUCCAAUAAUGAAUGUUUGCUUAACAUAAUUCGAUCAUCGUGAGCCUUCUGUGUGCACAAAUAUGGCUUAGUGGCCCAAUGUAAAUAUUGUUUUUUUAAUCAUCACUUUUGCCUUUUUUAUCUUAAUUAGCUUACUUUUUAUGAGUACAUGAUUCAGCUGGUUAUUCUCUAUACCAAAUAAAUACUUCAAAGUGAU